AUGUUUGUUGAAAGCAUUGAGAAUGUAUCUAAAGAAGUAGCCACAUUAUACAGUAGAGAUGCUGCCAAACCCAUGCGUUUAACAGAUGAUGAUCGUCUAGCUAUAGCUGGUGCUAGUAGCUGUCAUAUUUGUUGUAGGCGCUUUAACAAAAAAGAUGAGAGAGCUCUCGACCACGACCAUCUCUCCGGGAGGUUUCGAGGUGUGGCACAUAAAGUUUGUAAUCUGAAUUUCCGCAAACCCAACUUCAUACCAAUCUUUGUUCACAACUUGAGUAAUUAUUACGACACCCACCUGUUUAUAAAGAUGUUCGGUAUAAACAAUGAGAACAUUCGUGUUGUGCCUAAUAAUGAAGAAAAAUACAUAUCUUAUGAGGUGGUUGUUCCCGGUGGUGUAAAUUUACGAUUUUUAGAUUCGUUCAGAUUCAUGCCUUCUAGCCUCGAUAGUUUGGUUAACAACCUAAACAGAGAUCAGUUUCGACACACUUCAAAAUAUUUCAGUGGGGAUAAACUAGAACUGGUGUGCAAAAAAGGAGUGUAUCCAUACGAUUAUAUGGACUGUAUUGAAAAGUUUGAUGAGACCGCUUUACCCCCGAAAGAGUCAUUUUACAACAGAUUAAAUAAAUCCAACAUAGAGGACAGCGACUACGAGCACGCCUGCAAAGUGUGGGAGAGUUUCCAGAUUAAAAACCUAAAAGAAUACACCGCGCUGUAUAACAGAACAGACACGCUGCUCCUUGCGGACGUCAUUGAGAACUUUCGUGAAGUUUGUAUGAAUACCUACAAACUCGAUCCGGCUUGGUAUUAUACCUCUCCGGGCUUAGCGUGGGACGCCAUGUUGAAAAUCACAGGAGUAAGUCUGGAUCAGUUAACAGACUAUGAGAUGGUGCUAAUGAUCACCAAAGGAAUUCGAGGAGGGGUCUCGCAGUGUUGCCACCGAUAUGCUAAGGCCAACAACCCAUAUAUGCACGAUUACGAUCCGGAGAAACCCAACUCCUAUCUUUUAUACCUGGACCAGAACAAUAUGUAUGGUUUUGCUAUGGUGUCGUCGCUAUGUUAUGGGAAUAUACGGUGGUUAGAACACAUAGAUAAUUUCGACGUACGUGGGGUGUCAGACACAUCCUCGACUGGCUAUAUACUAGAGGUUGAUUUGGAGUAUCCUAAAGAGCUGCAUGACGCGCACAGAGAUCUCCCACUAGCACCAGAGUUACGAUCGCCUCCGGGUUCGAAAACUAAAAAGCUACUCACCACCUUCUAUGAAAAAGAAAAAUACGUACUGCACUAUCGCAACUUGAAAUUGUACCUCUCGUUGGGGAUGAGGCUGAAAAAAAUCCAUAGAGUCAUAAUGUUUGACCAAGGACCGUGGUUGAAGUCGUAUAUAGAUCUGAACACAGAUAUGAGAACCAAGGCGGCCAACGAUUUUGAAAAGGAUUUCUUUAAACUCAUGAACAACUCGGUGUUUGGAAAAACUAUGGAGAACAUCCGGAACCGCGUGGACAUCCGACUCGCCACACAAGACAGACAGGUAGAGAAGUGGGUUGCCCGGCCCAAUUUCAAGAGCAGCACCGUUUUCACAGAAAACCUGGCCGCUAUUCAUAUGAGCAAAAACCACCUGUUAUUUCAACAAGCCCAUUUAUGUCGGAAUGAAUGUUUUGGACAUAUCGAAGACGUUCCUCUACGACUUCCAUUAUAA